AAAUUUAGGGGAAGAAUUCUCCCACAAGCAAUUAUUAUUUUUGAGUAAAUUUAUUCGGAUAACUAUACGAUUAUUUAUAAUAGGUACCGUUGAUGGGUAAUCACUAGAUAACUUCCUUGCGAUAAUUUUAUUGUUCAAAUCUAAGAAUGGAAUGUUCGAUACUGUAGUGUUAAAAUAUAAAAAUUCAUGUGGUUUGAUCUACUUGGAAUCUCUUACGACAUGUGGCGCUGUUUCACUUAACCAAAAAGCGCCUAAUAAGAAGAUCGCAUCACUACGCAUCACGUCAAAAGAUAUAUAUAUUUCAAUAAACACUUCAAGAUGUGGUUGAUAAGUGUGAACAAAAAGCUACUAUUAAUGAAAAUGCAUUAUUUCCUUUACUCGGGAUGUAUAGCGACAAUUCUCAGUUUCGGUUCCACGUAUGCCAAACAAUUAGGAUACUCAAAAAUUACUGUUGGAUAUAUAAUGAUGAGCCUUUUUAUCAUAUCAAUGUUAACGAAACCAGUAGUUGGCGCCAUAGUCGACAAGUUCCGUGUAAAGAAAUACAUGUUUAUAGUGUUCAUAUUUUUAACUGGUAUUUCUGCGUUUUUUCUGAUGUUUGUGUCCAGAUUAUCUUUAGAGACGUCUAUAGAGUUGGAAUGUGAUAAAAACAUAACAAAUGUAAAAAUAUAUUUCGACCAUACAAAUAAACUUUCAGACUGUGAUCAAAAAAUACUAAUGGGAAACAACGGAGAGAGGUUGGUCAAUUGCAAGUUAUCCUGUAAUAAUAAUGAAAUAUUAUUUUCUGAAAUGUUUACUGGGACUAAAUUAACACCAAUAAAUGGACUAAAAAUAAACUCUAGUAAUUUCGAAAGUCUGGAAACUAAAAUAAUCGAUUUGCCUAUAUUAAUACAUUUGUAUAAUUUCAAUACUAAACAGAAUGGUUCCUAUAAUUUUCGAGUUGGAUACGUUGAUAUAAAUCAUAGUAGAAUAAUGUCUCCAGUUUGUCAUCAUCCAUCGAAAAUGCCUUGUCAACUGUACUGUCCCAGUCCAACAAUUAUGGAAUUAGCAGCAAUACCACAAUCUCAAAAAAUGAUAAUUUCUAUGUCUGAAUUUUGGGAAUUUUUUUCAUUAUUGUGUAUAUUUUGGAUCAGCCAAUCGGGUAUAUGGGCUAUUCAAGAUCCAAUUUGUUUUGAUCUCUUAGAAGAUAAACCUAAUGAUUUUGGUAAGCAAAGAUGCUGGACGUCCAUCGGAUGGGGAUUUGUCACAAUGUUUAGCGGUUGGCUAGUGGAUUAUUUCAGCUACGAUAAAGUUCAAAAAGACUACACACCUUUAUCUUAUUUAAUAUUAUCGUUUAUGAUUUUGAAUAUAAUUGUUGCUUCCAACAUCUCAGUCGUUGAGUUCAAAGUUUCACAAAACACGUUCCAUAAUGUUUUUAAAUUAUUUGCAAAACUUCACGUUAUAAGUUUUUUUGCUUGGAUUCUAAUUCUGGGCAUUUACAGCUCAAUGACAAUGAGUUAUCUUUUUUGGUACCUAGAAGACUUGGCUUCAGAAUACCAAUGUAACCAAGUAGCAUGGAUAAAAACACUACAGGGCUUUUCUCAAGGCCUUCAAAGUUUCGGCGGCGAAAUGCCGAUAUUUUUCUGCUCUGGUUGGAUAAUAAAACAUAUAGGUCAUAAACACUGCAUGUCACUAGUUUUGUUUGCAUUUACUGUUAGAUUUUUUUUUUAUUCUGUCAUGACGAAUCCCGUUUGGGUGCUGUUGAUAGAAAUCCUAAACGGCAUGGCAUACGCAUUAGGCCGUGCAGUGAUGGUAUCAUACUCCAGAAGGAUUUCGCCACCUAGUGCACAUCACACAGUUUUAGGAUUAGUGGGACUAUUCGAUUGCAUUGGUUUAUCAUUUGGUGGUGUGUUAGCUUCACAUAUAUAUGACUUUUACGGAGGAGUGUGGUUAUUCAGAUUAUUUACAUAUGGUUCAGCUGUAAUGUGUGUUUUGCAAAUUAUCUACAAUUUGUUAACAAAGUCAAAUGAAAAGACUAUAUAUUAUUAAAACAUUUAAUUAUUUUUUUGGUUUUGUAUUAUAACUACUUCAAUAAGAUGUUUUUAUUGUAUAGAAAUACAGAAUUCAUUAAAAGGGUCUACUUAACAGAUUA